CAAGUUGGAAUGUUGUCUUCACUUGGUCGAUGGCAGCUGUCGCGUCCUGUUCGGUUACCAAAGCACACAUCACUGCUUCCUCGAGUGGUAUUCAAUACUUGGGAACAUCGCUAUUGUGUUGUGUACAAGCCUUACGGGUGGUCUAUGAGGAACGAUGGGACGGCUCUUGGGAGGCCUUCAUUAGAAACUACCUUUACCCCGUUCUUGCCCGGCAACUCGAGCCCAGAGAUCCACUCCGGUCAAAACGAGGAGCUCGAUCGCAUGAAGCAGGACCUUCCAUUACCUGACGAGAUUGACCAACCACGGGAUCGAUUGAGGGACGGCAAAUUGCACUUCCCGAUCAAUGUUGAAGUCGGCGUUGCAGGCUUGUGUGUGGUCUGCACUGACAAGAGCAUAUCGCGACAGUUCAAGACGCAUUAUCGAGAGCAUGCCUUGCGGCAGACCUUUCGGUUGCUGGCCCGACCUGCCCUGUCGCCUCACUCGACCGAUUUUUUCAGUCCAGACGGACGACUACUGGAGUACGGCGUUGUCGAGUCGUGCAUGAGCUGGUCUAAGGAUGAUCAACGGUGGCAACCGGUCGAAUGCUCCUCGAAUGAUUCCACUGUUGGUACGGAGUUCCGACUCGUUGAAGCCGGGGUUGGCGAUCUCUGCAUGUAUGAGGUGAUGACAACCCCGUCGAAGCCCGGCUACAUCACGGCGCAUUUUGCUGAAGGGGGCCUCGAUAUUGUAGAGAACAGCGAUGGGCUUCCCUAUAUGCAGCUGAGCCGCCUCGAAUUCCCCGACCCUCUCAACCCGACUGGCAAAAGUAUAAUAAUCAACGUCGAACCAGAACAAGAGAUGGUGGCUGCAUUGCAUGGUCAAAUUUUGAGUGCUUAGUUUAGGUUGCCUCUG